AUGUUGAAGGUUCAUGACGAUAUGUUGAAUGCUUCCAAUGAACUUAUUAAGCAAACACAUAUUCGUCAUGAGAAGAAAAUUCAGCGCCUGGAAAAGGAGAUCCGGAAGAAGGAUGAGAUGAAUCUCAUCAUACAACAAAUCCUCCUCAAGCUUCUUCGUUCAUGUUGGAACAUUGUGGAGGUUUCGAACCAAACGUUUGAUGAGAUGAUCUCUAUACUCUCCUCCUUAUUCAACCAUCUCAAAUCCCAAGCCCCCACUGCUUAUGCUUAUGAAUCCUUCACCCUUCAAAUCAACACCAGCUUUCAGAAGGUGUUUGAGAAAUUUUCCUACAUGAAGGAGUCACUUAUGCUUGCUCCGGUUGUCAGGCCUACCGGUGCAAGAGGGGGAGAAGGAAAUGAUGAUGAUGGAAGUGGUGAAGAUGAAAUUGAGUAUGUCACAAAUGCCGUCAUUGGGAUCCCAGCUCCCAAGAAAUUUCCUGCCAAGGUGCUUUCGGAGGAAGAGCAGAGAAUCUGGUCCGCAGUCUCAUGGCCAUCCACUCUACCGGAUGUGUUUCAAAGAAGUGUUCAAAUGGCCAAAGCUGAGACCAAGCUAACGGUUGAUGCUUUCCGGGCCACUCCAUCCAUGUUGCCACCAAUUCCGGCUCCAAAAAUUGCUCCUAUAGAUGAAGGUUCUCCCCUCCGGACUCUAGAUGACAUUCCGGAAGAACCUCUUCUUCCUCUCCUUCAAAGUUCACUAUUGAUGAGAACAUGA